ACUUUAAUUGUAAUGAUGCAUUCGGAACCGACACUCAGAUAAACGGGACGUUUUCAAACCCCAGAACCGGUUUCACGGUCUUCGCCUACCUACAUCACGUGAACAAGUCAUGCCGUAAAGAUAGGUUGAAUUCCUGCUUGACAGUGGGACGAAAAAAGUUCAUAGGCUCGAAAAGGAUUAGGGUCUCGACGGGAAGCGACAAGUGGAGGUGGUCCUUAUCAAAGGUUUCAACAGCGCGGUCAGAGUGGGGCAGGCCAACGUCGCUCACAUUUCGUGCUCUACCGCAGCUGACGCCGCGCUGCGCCCGCGCAACUCUCCUACAAAUUCAAAAUAUGUUUACCAUCUCAGUGUUAAGGUGAUAACUUUUUGUGCCAGUGCAAUUUAUGUGUGUGUAAAGGAUUAGAAGGAUACAUUUCGUGAAGUGUUCCACAUUCCAUCUUUCAAGAUGGGGUGUAAGCUAACAUUCGUCGACGACAUCCUGAACCGCUCGUUUUACAAGCUCGGUUUAGUCGUCGGCAAGCAACCGGGCUACUUCAUCAUCAUUCCAGUCCUUCUCACACUAUUGAUGAUCACAGGCUACCAGCGAAUCCACUAUGAAAUGGAUCCAGAAUACCUGUUCUCUCCUGUCAGCGGCCAAGGAAAGUUGGAGAGGCGGAUUGUCGAAGAGCACUUCAAAGUUAACUACUCACAAAGAUUCAGUGUGGGGAGGAUAACAAGGCCAGGUAGAUUCGGCCGCGUGAUCAUCGUAGCAAAGGGCAACGACACGAACUUGCUUCGCUCAGAAGUAUGGCAGGAGCUUCGUCAACUCGACGACUAUGUGCAGAACGUCACAGUGACUCUGGAAAACGGUGUUACGUUCAGCUACAGGGAAGAGUGCGCGCGCUGGGAGGGGCAGUGCUUUGUUAACGAUAUCCUGAAUCUGGACAAAAUUAUUGGAGAGGUGGAGCGCGGAGAGUUGAACCUGACAUUUCCUAUAAUGUUCAACCCAGUGACGUGGGAGGCCCACGCGUUUCCCGUAUACUUCGGCGGUUCCGUCGUCGUGGAUGACGUCAUCGUGUCCGUGCCAGCUGUGCAGCUCGUUUGGUUCCUCAGAACCGACACUAAACUACAGCAAGAUAGAGGUGCAGCAUGGGAAGAUGCCUUCUUAGAUGCUGUUGGUAUAGCUGAAGAUACGGGACGGUUCAAGCACAUUUCCAUAGCUCGAUUCGCAUCUCGAACACUCGACCAUGAGCUUGAAAAGAACACCAGGACGGUCAUACCUUUCUUCAGUUCAACUUUUAUAUUGAUGGGGAUUUUCUCCGUAGUGACCUGUAUGAUGGGUGACUGGGUCAGGUCCAAACCCUGGUUAGGGUUACUGGGGAACAUUUCGGCUGUGAUGGCUACUGCUGCUGCUUUUGGCUGUGCUAUUUAUUUGGGCAUAUCCUUCAUCGGGAUCAACCUUGCCGCACCGUUCUUAAUGAUUGGAAUCGGGAUUGACGACACGUUCGUAAUGCUAGCGGCUUGGAGGCGCACCUCGCCGCGGCUGCCGGUGCCGGAGCGAAUGGCAAAAAUGCUUUCAGAGGCCGCCGUAUCAAUUACAAUCACGUCCGUAACGGACAUGCUAUCGUUCUUCAUCGGUAUUUUCUCGCCUUUCCCUUCGGUGCAGAUUUUCUGCAUGUAUUCAGGUCUGGCUGUGUGUUUCACAUUUGUGUGGCAUCUCACAUUUUUCUCUGGUUGCGUGGCAGUCUCAGGAUACCGGGAGAAGCAGAACCGACAUACAAUCACGUGGUUAAAAGUAUUGCCAGAAUCGAGAGCGAGAAAGGAAGAAAAAUCGUGGAUGUAUCGAAUCUUCUGCAGCGGCGGGAUUGAUAGCGCAGACCCCGACAACCCGAUUGACAACAAAGAACACUGCAUUAUGGCAUUCUUUCGAACAACAAUGGCCGAUUUGCUCAACAACAACUGGAUCAAGGCCCUGGUCAUCGUAGUAUUCUUAGCGUAUUUGGCUGGAGCUGGAUACGGGGUAACAAAUCUAAAAGAGGGAUUAGAGAGAAGGAAACUGUCGAAAGUCGAUUCAUAUUCUGUCGAGUUCUUUGAUCGUGAAGAUCUAUAUUACAGAGAAUUUCCGUACAGAAUACAGGUUGUGAUAAGCGGAAACUACAACUAUUCAGAUCCAAUGAUUCAGGACGAGGUGGAAAACUUAACGCAAAAAUUAGAAAAUACGUCAUACAUAUCGAACUCAUUGUACACGGAAUCGUGGCUGCGAACAUUUGUUAAUUAUGUCGACAGAAACAACGAUUAUCUGAACGUAUCCAUCGACACGGAGGAAGAUUUUAUACAUAAUCUUAAAGAGUUAUGGUUGUUCCCGGCUAAUCCAUUUUCACUGGACGUCAAAUUUAACGAAGCUGGGAAUCAAAUUCUUGCCUCAAGAUUCCUAAUACAGGCGAUUAACAUCAGCGGAACGAACCACGAAAAAGAAAUGGUCAGAGCCCUUAGGGAAGUGGUUGCUCAAUCGCCCUUAAAUGCUUCAGUGUUUCAUCCAUAUUUCGUGUUCUUCGAUCAGUUCGAGCUUGUAAUGCCAACAUCAAUACAGAACCUUUGUUAUGGUGCUUUGAUGAUGAUGAUAACAUCCUUCAUUUUCAUACCGAACAUACUCUGUUCACUAUGGGUGGCCUUCAGUAUCAUAUCGAUAGAAAUCGGUGUCGUGGGCUACAUGGCCCUAUGGGAUAUUAAUCUGGACUCGAUAUCAAUGAUAAACCUGAUUAUGUGUAUAGGUUUUUCAGUUGAUUUCACUGCUCACAUCUGUUACGCGUACAUGGCAUCUAAAGCAAAGUAUCCGAAAGAAAGAGUCAGCGAAUGUCUUUAUUCUUUAGGUCUACCAAUCGUUCAAGGAUCAUUCAGUACAAUAUUGGGCGUCAUUGCAUUGCUCCUGGCGGACAGUUAUAUUUUCUCUGUUUUCUUUAAAAUGGUAUUCAUGGUUAUUUUCUUUGGAGCAAUGCACGGCCUCUUCCUCUUACCAGUGCUAUUGUCUCUUUUCGGGCCCGGUUCCUGUACAAGACACGAAAAAGACCUAAAAAUAUCAAAGGUCGAAAAACUAUUCCCGAACCCCUAUUGUAUACCCCAUCCUCAGUUAGUACUGAACGAUCAAAUAUACAAUGGAAAGAAUAUCAAUCCGAAUGGCGUUUACAAGAUAUACGGGGACGAUAAAGAUUUAGGAUUAGGCACAUCGGGCGAAGACACCAGUGAAAGUAGCUCGAAUCAAUCUCAGAGACGUCAAAUCAGCGGCGAAGAAAAUACGAGAAAGAAGUAUGAGAUCGGCUGGAAGAAAUAUACUCAGAGUACAAGUCAGUUCCAACCCUCCGGGGAAUUGGACUUGUAUGGUCAAGAAUCAGACCGCGCGUGGCAAAGACAAAGACGGGGGAGUAAUCGCCCAGAUCGGCUCGAUAAUGUCAGAAGCCCCUCAGAACUGAGGGAUGAGAGCUUCGUGCGUGUUCGAAGGACGAGCGACACGUCGAGUCCACAGCGUGACGGCGCUUACAGAGUGAUGCGAACACAUUCACAUCACAACAUCCACAGGCCCCGGGCUCCGAGACGUACGAGCUCACACCACAAUCUGGAACAUAUAGACUACGUAGCAGAAAUGCGCUUUCCUUGACAUUGACCGAAUGCCCUCUAUUAGCUACAGACGUUAAAUCAAGUGCUCAAUUGUGGACCAAAGUAUUAUAAGUAUUUCCCUCGAGGACUGAGU